AUGUACAACUUCACCACUUUCGACGUCAUGGCCGACCUAACAUUUGGCGAAUCUCUACACCUGCUCGAUAACGCAGAGUACAACACUUGGAUUCAAGUCAUCUUCAAAAGCAUCAAGCGCGGCACGCUAAUGAGCAUCUUCUUCUACUACCCGCUCGCCAAAUUUAUGCUAUUUACAUUGUUGGGUGAACGCAUUGCGAGGUUCCGGAGUGAGCAUCACAACUACACUGUCGAAAGGGUCACUAAGCGGCUUGAAAAGGGACGCGUGUCGGAGGGUGUCGAUCUGUGGGACCUGGUUCUCCAACAAGAAGACAAGGGUAAAGCUGGCCUGACCCGCCCUGUCAUGGAUAUGAACGGCGAGCUAUUCAUGUUAGCUGGCACGGAAACGACGGCGACCUUGCUCAGUGGACUGACGUAUCUGCUUCUGGCGCACCCUGAAGCGAUGGCGAAGCUUGUGGAGGAGAUUCGGACGGCAUUUAACUCAUCAGACGACAUUAGUAUGGAAGUCACCGCUGGCUUACCCUACCUCAAUGCAUGCAUCAAGGAAGCGUUGAGACACUAUCCUCCUGUGCCGAUCGGUUUGCCGCAUCUCACUCCUGCUGAAGGUUCGACUAUCUGUGAAUACUACAUACCUCCGAACACGAAUGUCGCAGCUUCUCAUCUGGCAAUGUACAACUCUGCCGACAACUUCAGACUCCCCGAACGUUUCAUCCCCGAGCGCUGGCUCGGCGACCCACGGUCCAAGGGACUGCCUAGGCAAGAAAUCGUCACUAGCAUGGCCCUCCACGAAAUGCGCCUUAUUAUGAGCAAAGUGCUCUUCAACUUCGAUCUCGAAUUGCUCCCUGAAUGUCGGAAUUGGAUCGCAGAUCAGAAAAUCUACUCGUUGUGGGAAAAGAUACCAUUGAUGGUUAAGAUCAAGGAUGCAGUAGUUGUUUCGACCGCGCAGCGCUUUCAAGACACACUGCCACCUACACGGCUCAUGGCAUUCGCAGCCACGGCGAUGAUGGCCGCCCGACAUUCCUCCUUGACGAUCAAAACACUCGGCAAGGUCCCCGACGUGGAUAUGUACGAAGAUGUCAUCCAAUUGACGACACCACUCCAACUCGAACCACCUGUAUCCAUCUAUAUAAAAAGCGACGCACCAUAUCGGGUCACUCUCAUAAGGGGCAACAGUGUCGACGUCGACGCUGGCCCCCAGUCCUUCACCAAGAUCACGUCCUUGAGGCCGCUCGUCAUUGCGUCGUCAGCGCCGCUCAAGUCCGCAUUCGCUGAAGGAUGGAACAAACUGCCAGCCGAGCUGAAGAUCCUGACACUCGAGUUCAAUAUGAAAGCCGAGAAUCGCGUCGGUGCAGACGACAAGAAAGUCUACCCUCCAAUAGUCCUUUUUCAGCUGCUUCCCCACCUCACAAUGACACGCGAGAUUGCCGCAAUAGCGCGAGAUAUAUUCUGGACCAAGAACGAGUUCCAUCUAGAGCCGUCAUGUCAGUCUGUCGUUAUCGGAAAUGGAAGGUCGAACAAUCGCAUCUACUUCGCCUAUCCCCCACAAGCAUUUCACCAUCUCAUUCGGCGGCUCGCUGUGCGGAUCCGUCCGAUGAGACGUGAGUGGCGUGUACUCGAGAAGCUUGCGAACGGCGACUAUGGUUUCGCUGCUCUUCGCAACAUCGUUGUCGAGUUUGAUAUGCGGCGUGUAAUCUUGACCAGGAGAGUAUGGACCAGCUUUCUCACUCUGACCGUCCGCGAUGGAAUCGAUUUUAAAUGCGCUGGCAAUGUGAAGUUCCUUGCUCCACAGCCAGCCACGGACACGCCAUCAGAGCUUUCGUUCGAGGAUGUGAAGGAGAUGUUAAACGGCAAGAUCAGGUUCGCGGUCGAGGAGACCAAGGCGGAAGCUUAA